CGACUACCAGUAAAACGUGGUUAACCCGCCUGUCUUAAAUCGAGUUUACUAACAGCUGAACUCAGGCCAACAUCCAACCACACGGUCCACGCUUCACGUGCUUCUUAGCUCAACCCUCAUAGUUAAUUAUUGCUUAUUACAAUCAGUGUCGGCGGACUUAAGAAGGUACUUUAUUCUAAAUAAGCUACGGGGGCCGUUUGUCCGGUUAAAUUCAACUUCCGUGCAGCGACGAGGAGCUGAAGAUGAAUCCGAGCGGAGCAGCCCGCAGCGGGAAGACUUUCCUGUUCACGUCCGAGUCCGUCGGAGAGGGACACUCCGAUAAAAUGUGUGACCAGAUCAGCGAUGCUGUGCUGGAUGCAUACCUGAGUCAGGACCCCGAUUCUAAAGUGGCUUGUGAAUGCGUGGCGAAGACGGGCAUGAUUUUACUGGUUGGAGAAGUGACGUCUAAGGCCAUCGUGGAUCUCCAAUCGGUGGUCCGAAAUACUGUGAAGAAGAUUGGCUACGAUGACUCGUCAAAAGGCUUUGACUAUAAGACGUGCAAUGUGCUGGUGGCGCUGGAGCCGCAGGCUGUGGAGAUAUCGGACUGUGUGUUUGAAGGAAGGGAUCAGGAGGACAUCGGUGCAGGGGACCAGGGUUUGAUGUUCGGCUACGCCACGGACGAGACGGAUGAGUGCAUGCCCUUAACCAUCAUUCUGGCUCACAAACUGAACUUGAGGAUGAAGGAGCUCUCGCUGAACGGAGAGUGUCCUUGGAUACGACCGGACUCCAAAUCACAGGUCACAGUGGAGUAUAGAGACAACAUGGGAGCCAUGGAGCCACUGCGCGUCCACACUGUGGUCAUCUCAGUACAACACAGCCCGGACAUCAGCCUGGAUGAGAUCAGACGCAAUCUGAUAGAGAAGGUGGUGAAGCUCGUCAUUCCCGCCAAGUACUUGGAUGACCGGACCAUAUACCAUCUUCUGCCAAGCGGGAAAUUCCUUACGGGCGGCCCGCAGAGUGAUGCAGGUCUCACAGGGCGUAAAAUCAUAGUGGACACGUACGGAGGAUGGGGUGGUCACGGAGGAGGGGCUUUCUCCGGAAAAGACUACUCCAAAGUGGACCGGUCCGGAGCUUAUGCGGCACGCUGGGUCGCCAAGUCUUUGGUCAAAGCUGGACUGUGCAGGAGAGCCCUCGUUCAGAUCUCCUAUGCCAUCGGCGUGAGCCACCCUCUCUCCAUCUCUGUGUUUCACUACGGCUCAUCGAACAGGGACGAAGAGGAACUGCUGCAAAUAGUACAGAAGAACUUUGACCUGAGGCCCGGGGUCAUUGUGAAAGAGCUGGGUUUGAAGCGGCCAAUCUACCAGGCCACCGCCUGCUACGGUCACUUUGGCAGAGAGGAGUUCCCCUGGGAGAAACCCAAGUCUCUGGUGUUUUGAGUCCCAAUCACAUUCCAGUCACGUCCUCAUAACCAGUCAUGAAACAAUCAAGAGUCACAGAAUCCAUAUAUAUGUCUAAACACUACAGAUAUGUUGCUUCUCUGACCUCAAACUGUGGGGCAGUGGUCAGGGCCUCUGUGAGAAAUUAUUUUUUUUAAUCAUGAUUAAGCUACUUUACUGUAUAAGAAACUAGUUAUUGUUA